AUGACUGCCAACGGGAUAAACGGUGACUCACGGCCGGUCUUCUUCUUCGAUAUUGACAACUGUCUGUACUCUAAAGGAUGCAAUAUCCAUGAUGAAAUGCAGAAGUUGAUCAACAAGUUCUUCUGCAAGCACCUCGAUCUUACUCCGGAGGAUGCGCAUAUGCUGCACCAAAAAUACUAUCGGGAGUACGGUCUUGCCAUUGAAGGUCUGACCCGCCACCACAAGAUUGACCCGCUCGAGUUCAACUACGAAGUGGAUGAUGCUCUUCCUCUCGAUAAAAUCCUGCAACCGAAUCCCAAGCUCCGCACUCUACUGGAGUCCUUGGAUACCAGCAAGGUGAAGCCCUGGCUGCUCACCAAUGCUUACGUCAACCAUGGAAAGCGGGUGGUGAAAUUGCUGGGUAUUGAAGAUCUGUUUGAGGGUAUUACGUAUUGUGACUAUGGCUCGCUGCCGUUGGUUUGCAAACCGAGCCAGGAGAUGUAUGCAAAGGCAGAGAAGGAGGCCGGGGCCCCCAGCACCGAAUCGUGCUACUUUGUCGAUGAUUCAUAUCUCAAUUGCAAACAUGCAGCGGCUCGAGGCUGGUCAACUGUUCACUUUGUGGAGGCGGGAGUCGAAAUUCCACGCAUUCCGGCAUCAAAGUACCUAAUCUCGGAUCUUGAGGAGCUACGCGUUCACUUCCCGGAGGUCUUCAAGUCGUAA